AUGAAGGCUGCUUUCGUUCUCGCUUUGUUCGCUGCUGUUUUCGCUGUCUCCUCGGCUGCCAACUCUGGUCACCACAAGGAAGGUGAACAAUCCGCCGGUAACCUUGGUAACGAAGGCCGUGUCGUCGGUGCCUUGAACAACCUUCUCAAGGGCGGUAUUCUUUCUGACAACUCCCAAAACACGCUUGUUCAUGUAAUCCACAUUGUUCAUUCUGUUUCUAAGCAUUAA